AUGGCUAAAAGAACUAAGAAGGUUGGUAUCACAGGUAAGUACGGUGUCCGUUACGGUUCCUCUUUGAGAAGACAAGUGAAGAAAUUGGAAGUCCAACAACAUGCUGUCUAUGACUGUUCUUUCUGUGGUAAGAGAACCAUGAAGAGAGGUGCUGCAGGUAUCUGGACUUGUGCUUCAUGUAAGAGAACCAUCGCUGGUGGUGCUUACACACCAUCCACUGCGGCCGCAGCUACUGUCAGAUCUACCAUUAGAAGAUUGAGAGAAAUGGCUGAAGCUUAA